AUGGGCGGAGUCUUCUCCUCAUCAAGCGGCUCUUCUGCGCAAAUUUCCACGAUUCUACAAGAGCUGGAAAGAACAAGAUUAGAAAGAGAAAUUGCAUUGGCACAACUACAAGAACGUCGUCGGAUUGCAUUCAAACUUGCAGAAGAACGAGAAAAGUUCAAUUGGAUCGCUUGUGGAGGUGGAUUAGUCGUCGUGCUAUCUGCCCUCUCCUCCUUCCAUCAUAAAAAUCUACUCCAUGUCAUCCCAAUCUUCCCGAUGGCGUCAUUCAUUGGCUACAAAGCACAUUUUUGUUAUGGAGAUCAGUUGAAAAAGAUUUCUGAGUCUUCCGCCCAACUUCUCGAAGAAUCCGUCGAUUCACUUGUUCCCUUGCCUCCAACAUUGGCUGAUGUCCGAUAUCGAAGCAAACAAUUAAAGGAGGAAGAAGCAACGAAUUACUGA